AUGGUGAACGCCCGCGCCGGCACCGACUUUGGAGAUAACACCAUGGCAUACCUUGGCCAACUCAAGAAGAAGAAGGGCGUCUUGCUUUCCGUGUGCACCUGGCAUUAUGCGGAGGUCACGGAUUCCAAGUAUUCGUCUUUCGAGGAGCUGAAGUUUGCUCAUGGCAAUGACCUUGACAUUCUGCCCCUCCGAGUCUGUGAGGAUCCCUGGCCACCAGAGCCACCGAACGACGAGGAGGGCAAGGCAGCAGGGCUUCUGGCAAUGGCCAUCCCCCGCAGCAGGGUCUUCGUGGACUGCCGAAAGCUGAGCGAGCAGGAGAUUGCCUUCAGGAUUGCAGAGGAGCUUCGUCAAGGUGGCACCACCGUCGGGCAUGGCAAGGACGCUCUGAAGCCGACAGUGGCCGCGGCUGCCGGUAAAGCGGACGCCAAGGCUUGGUUUUCUUUGGCCCAGAGGGGCGGAGGAGAGCGGGAAGGACGAUCCUACACAGCGAAGGAGUGCUUCGUGAAGUCGCUAGAGAUCGACAGUGCCAACGCCCAAGCCUGGCUGGCCUUGGGAAAAGACCACGGUGGUGCCAGUAUCAAGGGUGCAACAUAUAGCAAGGCGGAGUGCUAUGCGAAGUCCCUGGAGUACGAUGACACCGGAAUGCAUGCCUGGCGCAAUCUGGGGCUUCACGGCGGAGGAACGGUGAAGGGCAGACCGUACAACCAGAAGGAAUGCUUUGUGAAGGCACUUGGGUGCAGCAGCACUUUCGCGGAUGCUUGGCACAAUCUUGGCCAAGCAGAUGGCGGAAACGUCCAAGGAAAGGAAUACAGCAAGAAGGACUGUUACAUCAAGGCUUUGGAGUGCGAUGAUACCUUGAAAUGUGCCUGGCGGAGCCUGGCCAAGCAGGGUGGCGGCAUAGUGGGCGGCCGAUCCUACAGCGCUGCCGAAUGUGAGGAGAAGGGCAAGGACGCUGUGCAGCCGACAGCGGCCGCGGCGGCCGGUAAAGCAGACGCCAAGGCUUGGUUUUAUUUGGCCCAGAGGGGCGGAGGAGAGCGGGAAGGACGAUCCUACACGGCGAAGGAGUGCUUCGUGAAGUCGCUAGAGAUCGACAGUGCCAACGCCCAAGCCUGGUUUGCCUUGGGGAAAGACCACGGUGGUGCCAGUAUCAAGAGUGCAACGUACAGCAAGUCAGAGUGCUAUGCGAAGUCCCUGGAGUACGAUGACACCGGAAUGCAUGCCUGGCGCAAUCUGGGGCUUCACGGCGGAGGAACGGUGAAGGGCAGACCGUACAGCCAGAAGGAGUGCUAUGUCAAGGCAGUGGGGUGUAACAGCACUUUUGCGGACGGCUGGAACAGCCUCGGAUAUGUGGGUGGCGGAAAUGUACAGGGAAAGGAUUACAGCCGGACGGAAUGCUAUGUCAAGGCUCUGGAGUGCGAUAGUUCCCUGAAACUUGCCUGGCACAACCUUGCGAAGCAAGGUGGCGGCGUGGUCCGAGGACGGUCCUACAGUGCCGCCGAAUGCGAGGCAAAGAGCAAGGAGUAA